GCAGAAAACAUCGGCAAGCCGGCAAUGACGCUGGAGCUAUCGUCUACCGGUGAUGUUGCCAAUUCUGACGAAGUAGCCAAAGUUCUGAUGGCAGAUAUAGCCGCAGGUCGCCGAAUAUCCUCAUUCGGCCUACAAGGUGCGUCACUGGCGUGGCUGGUUGCUGGUAUAGAACCUCCUAUCUGUAGCGAUUGGCUACCGGGUGCAACAAUAGGCACUAUUCUUGAGUGUCUGGCUGCUUCUCCACUCCGCCUCAUCGGCAUAUAUCAGGCCUACCGGAUGCGUCGCAUUGUAGCCAAGCAUCAAAGAGAUACAACGGUUACCUAUGGACAUCGCUUGAACACAUGUUCGUAG